AUGGGCAAUCUACAAUCGAGCUCAGCGAAAGAUGAGAGCCGCCGUGCCAGCCGCCUUUCCAAGCCUCUGACGAAGAAACUAGCUUUUAGUUCUCCGCAGCUAUCUCGCCCUGAACCCGAUCAGCCGGAGCUUGCCACGGGGCUGAUUGGAUGGCAAAACCCUUGGGUUGGUUCCCAGAUCUCCAGGGAUAUCAGAAUUAGCUAUCCGAAAGCGACGGAGAUCCCUCCAACCUUGUUCGAAGCAGAGCCAGGUGCACCAGAGCAGAGCCCUAACGAGAGCCCUGCUCUAUCUCCGACCCAAUCUCUGAAGGAUCAGAUCCCGGAGCCCGUUGCACCUCGUUCGGGCUCUCUUUCCACCAACCCGCCCAUCAGAAGAGCCUCGUAUCAACCCCGAAUACGGACUGAUUAUUCCCAGACACCUUCGGUUCCAGAACAACCGAGACGGGCCAACUCUAUCCAGACUUCUCUGCAGAGACAUAGGAGUGUGAUCUACGAGAGCCCGAUCGAGGAUGCAACGUCCUCUAACACGGCCUUCUUGGUUGGUAACCAGCGUUUCUCGCUGACCCGCCGUCGGUCCUUGCUAACACGGCCGGGGGUCGCUACGCGGCGAACAACGGGUGCCGUUCGACGUCUACCGUCCCCAAUUGGGGAGCCCGAGAGCUCCGAUGAUCUGAUGGAGCCUCGGGGUUUACAAUGGCCUCUGCCUCCGUGCGAGAGAACCCCGCUGCCCUUUUUGCUACCAGCGCGGCCAACCAGUCCCACAGACACUCGGUAUACUCAGCUCGGAGCUCUCAAAUUGGGAUCCUUACGAGUGGUCAAUGGCUCUGCAUCCCCGUGCCCAAGUGAGCGGAUUCCUCAUUCUACAGCGCCGGGGCUCGGGUUGGAGAAUGCCGAGACCGUUGCUAAGAGAGGCUCUACCCUGGAGAUUCCCUUGCUGUCCGAAGUGAAGAAAUCAGACGAUGUACCCGACAGUCCAUUCUCGUUCGAGAAGUCGCCCGUUAUGGCAGUGCCCCGGGGCAGUUCGGUCUUCCCCGGUGAGGCAGAGGAUGAGGGUAUCGCCAUGUACGACGUUCCCCUGGAGAAGAGUGUGAUGGGCACCGGGGUCGAUCAAAGCACUCUUCGAUCGCUCAACAAGUCCGACAGCGGGUACAGCUCUGCGACAUCCGUUCGUUCCCUUCAGCGAAGCCGAACAAGCGCGUCAUUCGAUUCGCAGGCUUCUAGUUCCUGCGCUGCGGACACCACCAAGAACGUCUACCUCGGAGGUGACCAGUCCUGCGGCCACGGCGAUAAAUUCCAGCGCCACCUCAGCAUCCAGGACGCUCAGGCUGGUAACGUCCCGCGGCCGUAUCCAGCCACCACUCGCUGGUACGACGGCAGUGGCCCAGUCACCCAGCCCGAUGCGGGAUUGCGGGCGCGCCGAUCUACAUUGUGCGCUCCUCGAUACACGGAAUACCCUGAAGCCCCAGAGCCUGCCGUUGUGGAGACACUGUAUGCGUUCGCUUCUCAGCAAGAGCCAAGAGUUUAUACCGGAAGGACUCCACCUGACGAUAGCUUUUACAAAAGCGCGGUUGACGUCUCUUCCAGGUCGAGUUCCUCGGCAACUUUGGUGGCAACGCCCAGCUAUCAGGAGAUCGCAGGCACGAAUAUUCGAGGCCGAACGCAUCGGCCCAUCUCUGGGCAUCAUGCGUACGGAAAUCGCGACGCGUGGAUCGACCACUCUCGAUCCAAGAGCAGAUACAGCAGCCGGAUGUGGUGCCAGGGACCGAGCACCGAUGCGCCCCCGCUGCCGACGAUCUUGUCUCCAGAUCAUCUGCAAGCCGGGAUAGAAAAGGAGGCGGAAUUCCCCCUCUCAGAAAUGUAUCGAGGUCGAUCUCGAAGCCGAAGCCAUGAUUACCGCCGCAAAUUGACGAAAGCGAGUCCCCAGCCUGAAAUGUUCAUAUAA